AUGGUGUCUACCACUCAGACUACCAAGACUCACCGACCAGAUCGCGCAGCUCGAGCUGCAGCUCGUCGUGCCAGAAACACAUCUACCAUUCCAAUGCAUGAGUUCCUUCACUACACACCAGACAGUGGUAAACUCAGCAUCACCCUAGAUUUUGCAACAUCUCGCUCACCCUUCCAUCAAACCACCCUCGAGAAAUCCCUGAUCAAUACCCUUCCCAUGUAUGCGAUCGAUGCGUCAAACAUUAACCUCGAAAUGACAUUCAAAAUCCCCCAUAUGGAUGUCUCAACCAAAAACAAUGUUCGCCACCAAGUCCUCACGAACGUUGUCAAAGAACUGAAUAAGUUCAAGCACUUUGACUCCUUACAUUUCGUUUUAGCCAUCGAAAGAUACAGUUUUGAUCAGCUCAAGCCCGCUAGUGCUAUUUAUGGGCUGGAUUAUACAGACUGGACUUUUGAGGUUCGGGAGUGGGGAACAGUUACUCAGGUUAAGAUUGGGUCGGGUCUUGAUCGUCAGUUGAAGGCUCGGUUUCAGCUGGGAAACGGAAUCAUGAGAGGUUCGGAGGUUGAGAAUGGAGAACAAUGGGAUUGGACGGGAUGGAUGGCAAAUCACAUUUGGGCAUGGAGUCUAUUUGUCUCCCUGUUGUGGAGUUUUAGUGAAAUCAGAUCCUUCUGA